AUGUAAAGGCCAUUAACUAGCAUCACAUCAUCUUAAUAAUAAUCAAAACUCUAUGACAAUAGUAGUACUUCUUUUAGAAUUAAGGAAAAUAAGAAAAAUAGGUAAUUGAUUUAUGUAUGAUUAUAAGGUAAAUGCCAUAAUAAAUGCUUUAUGAUAAAGAGGGAUUGUAUGAAGAAAAUUUGAAGCUGAAAAAAGAAUUGUAAUAAGUGAAAUUUGAAUUAAAGAAAGAGAGAUAGGAACAUGCCAAUUUUGAGAAGUAAGUGUAGAAAACAAAUGAAACUUAAAAAGAUGUAAUUAUGUGAUCAUUUAGACAGUUUCAAGUAAUCUUGUCUUAGAGAGCAAGAAUCAAGGAAUAGGAUAAACUAAUCAAAGAACUUGAGGAUUAAGUUUUUCAGUUGAAACGUAAUCCAGAAAGGACUAAAAACAAAGAAUUAGAAGCAGAAUUAGAAGAAUAAAAAGAAGCAUAUUAAAAAUUAUAGUUAUACAUUAGUAGUAAAUGUAAUUAAGAUGCAAAUGAAACAGUGAUGAUAAAUUAAUCACUUAAGGAUCAAAUUCAAAUUAAUUUAGUUUAGGCCUACAAAUAAGAUAACUUGAAUUUAUCUUAAAUGAUUCUUAGUUUAUAAUAAGAAAAUCAUGGUUUAUAAUAGAAUUUAUUAUAAAUUAAGAAUGAUAAGGAUAGAUUAACAAAUAGAUUGAAGGAAUUAGAGAAAUAAUUUGAUUCUGUUAAUAAACAUAUGAUGUAUAUGAGAUAAGAGAUGUAAAAUACUAAAAAGUAAACUCCAUCUGAAGAUUAUUUAAAAAAGAUAGAUGAAUUGUAAUAAUAGGUCUAAAAUUAAGCAAAAUAAUUAUAAUAAAAUAAAAAACUAAUAGAAGAAUUAGAGUAAAAAAAUGGAGAAUUAUAGCAUAAUUAUGAUGUAUUCAAAUCAAUGGAAAAUAAAGAAAAGGAAAAAUUAUAAGAUAGAAUUAAUAUGCUAAAAAAGUAAAUUGAAGAAUUGAAUUAAAAGAGAGAUGAUUAAGAAUAAUAAUCUUAAGAAGGUUCUCUUUAAUCAAUUGGUCUUAAAUAAGCAAUGACAAUUUAUGGUAGUCCUAGAAGUAAUAAUAGUCCUUAGAAAUUACAAUUAUAAAUGGGUUUUACAAAUAAAAAAUAAUGUUUAAAAGUAAAUUCUUAUGACAUUAAAGAAAUCAUUAGCAAUUUAAAAAUAAAAUUAUUAAGCAAUAAUAUUGAUUAUGAAACAUAAGAAUAAAUUUUAUGUGAAGAUGAUGAUGAAUUUUUAACUUUAGAGGAAACACAAUUUCGAUUAUAGAAAGCACCUUUUGAAUUAAAUGAAGAUGAGUCAAGUUUAUUAGCUAGAUAUUUAAUUGAAGAUAAUACAGAAGAUCAUAUUUUAUAUGAUAAAUAGAGAACAUAAACUAAAAUUAUUAUAAAAUCUGUAUAUAAAAAAUUAUUGGGAGAAUUUAAUUUAUUUGAUGAAAUAGAAAAAUAAUAAAUGUAUGAAUAUUUUUGUUAAUUGUUUCAUAAAUAUAAUUAAGGAAUGGAAUCUGCAAUUAAAUAAUUUAACAUCAAAAAAAAAUAUUUGGGAAAUAAUUAAUGUGAAUAUGAAGAUUUUAAUGUAAUUCCAAAUAUGUAAUAUAGGAAGCAUUAAAAUAUUGUGAUAUCCUUUUAACUUCCAGACAGAGAUUGUAUUUAGAAUUAGAAAUUUUUUCUGAUUCUUAACAACUACAGCGAUUUAAUUUUUAGACUCUAUUUUCAAAGUUUAAAUUAAAGGUUCCUGAUUUAGAUAAUAGUAUUAAUUGA